GUUUUUCUGCGACAACUGACGAUUAACAUCCAUGUGUAGGGUCAAUUUGUACCAGGCGGGGGAGGUAAGGGCAAAUUUCGGGUCUUCAGAGGGACCCUGUCAAAGAAGCUGGACCGACUUUAGGCACAGGCGGAGUUUGGUCCCCUGGCGUCUGCGAGCCCUCGCUGCGGCCGCGAGAACGCGCGACGGCACAGUUCGUUACAUGCUCCGGAAAAAUUCGAUUCGGAAAAAGUUGACUGGGACUGACGUUCUUGCAAGGUGCGAGAGAUCUCGCGACCCACGUCUGCUUACUCGGUUCAUCCCUUGAGAUAUUUCCUCUUUUUGGCGUUCUUGUAAGAUAAUGGGGGACGGCAAAACAACGUCGACACUGCGACAGUAGCCCAGAGGCUACAUUCGCCCCACACAAAUAUAUGCUCUAGCCAUUCGUUCGUUUUAACUGGCUUUUCUUCUCUUGUUUCGUCGUUGUGGGUAGUUUUCUCGUCUUUCCUCUUUGGUUUCUUUCUUCCCUUUCAUUUCCAAUCUUUUGAAUCGGUCGGCAAGUCACCACCUGCCCCUCCGGCGUCACUUUCUGCGACCAACAAGAAGCGUUCGGCAUUUCUGGACGACGAGGUCUUCUUUUCUUCUUUUGUUUAUCUUCUCUCCAUUUUUUCGUCCUUUUGCACAUCUCAGGUUUACGCGCGGCGUCGUCCUUUUCAUUUCCCCAGUGUUUUUCCGGGUUCUUGCCACCCCUUCGCCUUCCAGUUCCCUGCCGCCCGUGGACGUUUCCCGUUUGACGUGGGUCUCUCUCGCAUAACUUCAAGCACCGCAACUGCCGCCACAACUUCCCUUCUGACUCUCCUCGCCUUCCUGUAAAUAGCUCUCACAACGCUGGCUUUUUCUCUCCUCUUCCGCCACGCAUUUUUUGUGCCGUCGUUCGCCAUCAACCUGCUUUCGCUCCUUGUUUUCUCCAUUUCUGUCCCAUUCCUCUCACGAACAACGCCGCGAUUGCGUCGCUGGCUUCGCUGCUCGUAUCUGCCUUGGCAUCUGCCCGUGUGUUCCCCGUUUUUUCCCCAGUUGUCUCCGGUGAUCAUGUCCUGAAUCUCACACAAGAUGGCAGUGAACGAGAUUUUUCUUCUCUUUGAGUCCGCGCCGGGCCUGCUCUUGGCUCGCGUCAAGGGCUGGGACCAGAUUGCACAGGACACAGACGCAGUCCAGGAGGCCUGUCUGGACUUUGCUCGCUUCAAACAAGUCGUCGAGGCUGUCGCCUUCCACCCCUUCUCGGACGCAGAGGAGGCGAUGGAGGUGCAACUCGCAAUCACGAACGGGACCAGUUGCCCCGCGCUGCUGAACUUUCUCAACUUCAACCUGCCUUCCUCGCUGAAGAAGAAGAAGGGCGCCGAUGCAGAGGCCGGCGGCCGAGCCAAGAGCCAGGCCGCCGUGGGGGUGUGCGACCCUGCGUUGGGGAAGAGUCUCGCCGACGCAGGCUUCCAAAUCGUGUUCAACUCAAACGUCCAGGAACUGCACAGAGGCUGCAGGCAACACAUGAAGAAGCUCGCGAAGCAGCUGGGUGAGCUGCCCAUCGAAAAGUUCCAGGUUGGACUCGGCCACAGCUACAGCCGCUCCAAGAUGCAGGAAGACCCCCGGAAGCAGGACAAACCUAUCAUGCAGUCCAUUGCUCUCCUCGACAGUCUCGACAAAAACAUCAACGCCUUCGCCAUGAAACUCAAGGAGUGGUACGGAUGGCACUUCCCCGAGCUGGUCAAAAUCUGCGGAGACGCCGAGGUCUACUGCAAGGUCCUCAAGGUUGUGCAAAUGAAGGAACAGUUCGACGAACACACACAAGGCGAGGAGCUGUUGGAGGCCUGCGGAGGAAGCGAGGAAAUUCGCGACGAGGUCGUGGCGGCCACCAAGCACUCGAUGGGUCAGGAAAUUGGAGAAGCCGAUUUCGUCAACAUCAUCCGUUUCGCUGAUCAAGUUCUGCGCCUGUGUGAACAGCGCCGCACUCUCCAGGAGUAUCUCUCGACUAAGAUGGAUUUCGUGUCUCCCAACUUGAAGGCUGUCGUCGGCGAGGUCCUUGCUGCUCGUCUUAUUUCGCAUGCAGGCGCCCUCGUGAACUUGGCCAAGUACCCCGCAUCCACCAUCCAAAUUCUCGGAGCCGAAAAAGCGCUCUUCCGAGCCUUGAAGUCGAAGAACGGGCGUACACCGAAGUACGGAUUGCUCUUCCACUCUUCCUUUAUCGGCAGAGUGCAGAAGCAGCAACACCGCGGCCGGAUGAGCAGAUACCUUGCCUCCAAAUGCGCCCUCGCUGCUCGUAUCGAUGCCUUCGCGGAUGAGGAAACUCCCGAGUCUGCCGACGGCAUCCGCUCGAAUGUUUACGGUGUCAAACUGAGAGAACAACUGGAAGAGAGACUGAAAUACCUGGCGGACGGCAUUGUGCCGCGAAAGAAUCUCGACGUCAUGCGAGAAGCUGCAUCGGAGCUGAGUCAGGCGGCUGUUUCGGAGAAGAGGAAAAAGAAGAAGAGAAAGCACGAGGAGAAGGAAACAGAGGAAGAGACGAAUCCGAUGAUUGACGAGGAGGAGGGCGGCAAGAAGAAAAAGAAGAAGAAGCAUGCCAAGCAGGUGGAGGAAAGUGAAGACGUCCAUGGGGAUGAGGUCUCGGAGGACAGGAGCGCAGAGAAGAAAAAGAAAAAGAAAAAGAAGCACGCUGACGUGGAUGUCUAGAGUGACAGGGGUUUGGCUUUUGCGAGUGCUGGAGAGAGAGAGAGGCGUCGAAGGUAAUGGAACCUGACAGGGAAGGAAGCAUGUGUGAAAAGAGGAACAGCGCCUUCGCCAUUGAGAGCGAGAAGGAGGAGAAAAGAGGGGCGAGGACAAGACAAUGAGGCGAAGAAGACGCACGCGGAAUCUGUCACGAUUCAUUCCCCGGGAGCGAGGCCAAGGUGAGGAGGCCUGGCUCAGUCAUCCGAGGCAACCUGUCUCCUCAGGGAGACAUGCGAAACGCGACAGAGCAGCAGAGAUGUGAGCGUGUGGUCGUCCUGGCUUUCCGGGUUCAAAACAUGUUUAACCUUCCAUUUAGGUCAAAACGCGCGUCGAACGAGAUCACCGUGUGUACGCAAGGUGAAACAAGGUUUCUGUAGACUUAUCGACACCGGCGUGAGUCUUGGGGUGGGUUCCACAGUGCACCGCGCCUGUGUAUGGAAAAGUGAGUGCGCUGCCAAAUUGUGUUUCAGAGGUUUCCUGGCGACUCUUUGAUGGUUGUGGUUUCUUUCCUGCCUUGGCUCUUAAAGUUUACGAUUUCCAAACUGAGUGUGCGGACUUUAACCGCCUGAAUCUGUGGCUGUUCCCA